GUCGAAAGCAAAACAAGCGCUUGAAUGAAGAUUGAGUAGUUUUAUAUUCAAUUUAUCGAUUCUUGGAGACCCGUGAGGUUUUAGUUUAUUCAUGCACAAAAGAGUUGGCAUUGGCGCGUUAAACAAGGAUCCAUUCAAACAAUAUGAACAAGUAGGCAAUGAAUUGAUAGAACAACAAGCUGAAGAGAUUGCUUCUCAACUUUCCACUUUUCAAGAGGCUUUGAAAAAUUUUGCUAAAGAACAUGCAGCUGAAAUUCGCAACAAUGCUGAAUUUCGUAGAACAUUUACAAAACUGUCUUUGAAAGUCGGCUUAGAUCCGCUGGUAAGUGGAUCGGGUGAGUCUGCAUGGUCGGCUGUUGGUAUGAAUGAGUUUUACUUACAAGUCGCUGUUCGAGUGGUUGAAGUUUGUCAUGCAACACAACUGGAAAAUGGAGGACUCGUCUCUGGCAGCCGAGUUUGCCAAUUUUUGAACGAAGAAAACGAAGCUUCUGGGUAUGAUUUGUUAACAGAAGAUGACAUUAUUCGUGCUGUGGAAGCUUUAAAACCCCUUGGUCCAGGCUGUGAUAUUGAAGAAAUUGCCGGCAAGCGUUAUAUUAGGUCAUUACCAUUAGAACUUAGCAAAGAUCAGAACUUUGUGUUAGAAGCUGUUGAGGUACUUGGUUAUGUCACUGUUUCCAUACUGAAAGACAAUUAUGGUUGGGAUCAUGGGCGAUGCAUCCAUGUGUUGAAUGACUUGGUAUCAAAGUCACUUUUAUGGAUAGACAAUCAAUCUGUGGAAACUACCUACUGGGGAGCCAGUACGUUAAUUGACGAAAAACCAUUUCAGAUAGUAGAAUAUUAG